GGACUCAAACCGAAUUGACUCAAUUUCUGCAACAAGAUUGAAUCGAUUUGAACCUCAAUUCACCCAAAUUGACUUGGACUAUUACGGAAUCGAAUUAAGCUCAAAAUCGUCCCAAAGUAACCAUGGCUCGACCUUAAUCCCAGCCGUUAUCCACCGCAAACGUUUUUAACGUUUGUCGGCCAUUUCCCAUCACGCUCCUUGUCUCUCUCCAACUUUUUCUAAAUUUUUCCAUACUCUCAUCCUCAAUUUCAAUAAUACGCAAUCUUUGAUCUGAUCACGUUCAUUGAAUCUCUUGAGAUUCGUUUCAAAGCCUAUCAAUGGCUGCUUCGCGUCGGCUACGGGAGCUCCAAUCGCAGCCAGGGAACAAGAUCUGCGUGGAUUGUUCGCAGAAGAAUCCGCAAUGGGCCUCCGUCUCUUACGGCGUUUUCAUGUGCCUUGAGUGCUCUGGCAAGCACCGCGGCCUUGGCGUUCAUAUAUCCUUUGUUCGAUCUGUGACGAUGGACUCGUGGUCCGAGAUCCAAUUGAAGAAAAUGGAGCUUAGCGGGAAUGAAAGAUUUAAUCAAUUUAUUUUGCAAUAUGGAAUCCCUAAAGAAACUGAUAUUGUUACGAAAUAUAAUACCAAUGCUGCAUCUGUUUAUCGAGACCGGAUUCAAUCACUUGCCGAAGGCAAACUUUGGCGUGACCCCCCUGUCGUGAAAGAAGCAAUCAGAUCCGGUAAUAAGAGUAAUAGUUAUAAUAAUAAACCUCCGCUAGGUGGUGGGGAUAGGAAUGGUAAUUCUGGAAACAAUGCCGGGUGGGAUAAUUGGGAUAGUUAUGAUGAUGGAGGGUUUAGUGGAAAUUCGAAUAAUAAUAUUAGGAGGAAUAAUACGGUUGGAGAUUUUAGGAGUGGUGGAAAUGGGGUAGGUGCACCGUCGAGGUCGAAGUCGACCCAGAAUAUUUAUUCCCGGGAACAAUUGGAGGCAUCGGCUGCAAAUAAGGAGGACUUCUUUGCUCGGAAGAUGGUAGAUAAUGAGACACGGCCUGAGGGGAUCCCACCCUCCAAAGGUGGGAAGUAUGUUGGCUUUGGGUCAACCCCUCCUCCGGUGCCAAGGAGCAAUUCUCAGGGGGACGUUCUUUCGUCUGUUACUGAGGGAUUUGGUAGGUUAUCUGUGGUGGCAGCAUCGGCCGCACAGUCAGCUGCAAAUGUUGUACAAGCAGGGACAAAGGAGUUCACUUCUAAGGUAAGAGAGGGAGGGUAUGAUCACAAGGUGAAUGAGACUGUCAGUGUUGUGACUACAAAGACAUCAGAAAUCGGACAAAAGACAUGGGGAAUCAUGAAAGGGGUAAUGGCUCUAGCGUCACAAAAGGUUGAGGAAUACACUAAAGAUGAUUCUGGCUUGAAGAAUGAUGGCUGGCAACGGAAAGAGAGUGAAAGAAAUGGUUACUUUCAGGAGUUUGGACAGGAGUCUAAAGGAUGGAAUCAUUCUCCGGAGGUGCAACGCUCAUCUGGUCGACAGUUCAACUCUGUCAGCUCUGGCUCCUGGGACGAUUGGGAUAGUAAAGACAACAGGAAAGAAGAAUCAUCUAAGGGAACAACAUCCUUUAAUGGAGAUAGCUGGGCAGGCUGGGAUGAUGCAAAAGAUGAUGAGUUUGAUAAUUUCUAUCAAGGUGCAUCUAAUCACAAGGCUGUGGGUUAUAAUGGAAAAUCAGAUGGCAAGUGGUCGGAGGGAGGUUUUCUUUAAGGUUAGCAUAUCUCAUUCAUAAUUCUUUUUCAAAAAAGCUCCCUUCCAAAUUUAGUUUCGCCUUUUGAACUUGUUGGAAAGCUUGUGUGUUCAAUAUAAAUGCAAAAUUGCCUCUGUAUGUGUGUAAUGCUUGUUUGUAUUGCCAGGACAAUUCUUUUGUUGAUUCCAAAAUAUAAGACAGCAUUCUGAUUUAUAAUGAAAUUAGUUGCAUUUUUAUGUUUA